GGCGGGCGGGGCGUGGCCCCCCGGCAGUCCGCCGCCGUCCCGGCGUGCCCCGCGCGCGGCGCUGGCUGGGGCCGCUCUGGCGCGGCUGUCUCACCGUGCCUGCUGCGAGCGCCGGAGGUCGCGGCGCGGCGGGGAAGAUGGCGGCGGAGGCGGCGGAUUCGUGGGACGCCGACAGCUUCGAGGUGGUGGAGCCGGUGGCGAAGCGGCUGGUGCCGGGAGUAGCCGGAGACCGCUGGGCCGGCGAGGAUGAGGAGGACGACGUGAAGGAUAACUGGGAUGAUGAGGAGGAAGAGGAAGAAGUAAAGGAGACAGAGAUAAAACAAGAACCAAAGGUUUCAGAAAAAAAGAAAAUAGCAGAAAAAAUUAAAGAAAAAGAAAAGCUACAGAAGAAGAAGCAAGAGGAGCUUAAAAAAAGGUUAGAUGCACCAGAGGAACAUAAAGAACUUACACCAGAAGAACAGUUAGCAGACAAACUACGACUAAAGAAAUUACAAGAGGAGUCAGACCUUGAGUUAGCAAAAGAAACUUUUGGUGUAAAUAACGCUUGUGGAAUAGAUGCCAUGAAUCCCUCUUCAAAAGACGACUUUACGGAAUUUGGCAAACUACUAAAAGAGAAAAUCACACAGUAUGAAAAAUCGUUACAUUAUGCCAGUUUUUUGGAAGCGUUAGUUCGAGACGUAUGUAUUUCAUUGGAAGUUGAUGAUCUGAAAAAGAUCACGAAUACUUUGACAGUACUAUGCAGUGAAAAACAAAAACAAGAAAAGCAGAAUAAAGCCAAAAAGAAGAAAAAAGGUGUUGUGCCCGGUGGUGGUUUAAAGGCUACUAUGAAAGAUGACCUGGCUGAUUACGGAGGAUACGAUGGAGAAUACGUACAAGACUUUGAAGACUUCAUGUGACAUUAAUCUCCCCUUCUGUUGUCUUUCUGUUGCCCACAAUCCCUUAAACAUGUAGCACAACUUUUCUUCCUUUAAAUUCUGCCAAAUGCUACAAUCAGAACUGCAGUAUCUCUGUGCUGGUGGUUGAGCUCUGGACAGGUCUGUGCUCAUGCACUGGGCAUCCAGGGGGGGUUACAAUAAGGACACUUAAAACCUCUGCAAAUUGGAGUUCAACCCCCCAAAAUUCUGAUAAUGGUAACUGUUGCUAUUUUAUAGUAACAGCAAGUAAAUUGGAAAUUAAUUCCAACAGACAAAAAGUAUUAUAACCAGCACAGCUCAGCGAUACGGCCUUAACUGUACCUCCAGGGUGACUUGUUUGGUGACAGCAGCAGUUUGCAGCAAGGCGUGGUGUGCACUUAGUAUUACAAUUGCUUUGUCUUGAGUUAGAGCUUGAGGUUUUCAGUAUAUUGUGCAGGGAACUGCCGGCUUCAGCGGGAGGACACGCAGCAGCCGAGAGCCCCACUGCAAACACCAGGUGGGUCAGGGCACGGGGAGAUGCUUUGAAAAACACAACUUGUGUCUUGAGUAUGAAGUUUAGUUUCCAUUGAUCUAAAUUUCUACUAAUGCAGCUGUAUGGGUUGGGUAUUCUUUAACAGUUAAUUGCCUGGUUUAAGUGUAAGAAAACAAAACUUCCUUUUGGUCUUUUAUGGGUUGUGGGAGAUCUUUCACAACUCAGUCAUUUUCCUUCAUUUUAAAACAAAAACUUGCUUAGCAAACUGCAACAGUUACAGUUGGGCAAAUUGUUAUGUUAACAACUAUGACAUCUGCAAUGUUUUAUAAAGCAACUAAUUUAAUAAAAAUCACUAUUGAGGACUUCA